UCUGUCUUGCAGACGUGAUCUCGCCAUGUUGUGGGGUAACAGUCAGAGCUGAAGGAGGCCGGGGAUCCGCAGGCGCCUGAGAGGAGUGAGUGGGAGGAGGAGGGGACUCUGGCUCGUGGGGACUUCAUUGACUAUCACAGACUGGAAAACAUGGAACCGCAGGUGAAUUUGUGUGUGUCCUGUAGAGGAGAGACGCAGAGCUUCCUGGUGUCAGAUUCUGAGAAGACAACCUGGGCUGAUGUGGAAGCAAUGGUGCAGGUGUCUUUUGACCUGAAUGAUAUACAGUUAAAGUAUAUAGACGAGGAUAAUGAAGAGGUAUCUGUGAAUAGCCAAGGUGAAUAUGAAGAAGCUUUAAAGAUUGCAGUAAACCAGGGAGGAAUCCUGCGUAUGAAUGUUUAUGAGCAGCAACCCAGCCAGACAGUCAGAAACCACCAGCUUUCAGAAAGGUCAGAGUGCGGGAUCAUAAGAGAAGCCGAAAUGCCGGUGUUGUAUAAAUCUUUGGUGGCAAGAUCAGCGGCAUCGGAAAGGCAAACGGAAGAACUCUCCACCGGAGCAACGGAAGAACUGUGCCAAAAUGAUGGAGGGGGGAACAUCCAAGCUGCCUGGUUCAUCAAUUACUUGCAGACAGAACAGCACAGUCCAACCACAGACAUUUCGUGUCAGGCUCCCCCAGUCUGGUUCACCAGCUACAUGGACAGAUUCAAGGAGCAAAUCAUACAUGAAACCGUAGAGAAGGUGACACAGAUAAUGAGGGACAGAUUUUCCCAGAGCCAGGAUUGGAUGUCAGAUAGCAGUUCCUCCUCCGCACCUAUUCAAGAACCGGAAAGGGAAACAUCCCUGGGCUCCUUGUAUGAUUGGCUCUUGGCUUGCAGUAACUGCAAGAAAAGGAUCUUGGGCAUACGGUAUCAGUGCAGCACAUGCCCAUCAUUUGGCAUCUGUGAACUGUGUGAGGCUGAAGGCUGUGACCAUGACCCCAAUCAUCUGUUUCUUAAAAUGAGAAGGCCAGUGGAGCCAUGUUCAGAAGCGCGGCAUCCAUCACCUCCUUUCUCUGUGGAACAAGUCCGGUUCCAGAAGCAAAUGCACAAAACAUUCCUGAAAGCUGAGAAGCAACGUCUGCGAGCAGAGAAGCGUCAGCGGAAAGCUGAGGUGAAGGAACUGGAGAAACAAUUAAAGCUGCAUCGUAGAAUCCAUCGCUGGCAUUCCUUAGACUCUUCUCAGCCGCCAACUGACAGCACACACAGCAGUCCUCUUGUAAUUCCUAUAGAGCCAUGCUCCCAGUUCAUCCCCACAUUCAGCGCUGUGUUUGUGGACGAGAACUUACCUGAUGGUACCCACCUACAGCCUGGAACCAAGUUCAUCAAACACUGGAGGAUGAAGAAUACAGGAAAUGUUAAAUGGAACCUCGACACUAAGCUAAAGUUCAUGUGGGGAAAUCUGACUUUAUCGUCUUCUUCUCGGAAAGAGGCUCCAGUUCCCUCUUUGCUUCCCGGUCAGAUGGGCGUCCUGUCUGUAGAAUUCGUGGCUCCGGCCCUGGAGGGAACUUACACCUCUCACUGGCGCUUGGCACAUAAAGGGGAGCAAUUUGGACCUCGCAUUUGGUGCAGUAUCAUUGUGGACUCCCUUCCUUGUACUGAGAAUUUGGAGGAUGUGGAAAAAGAGAUGUCUUCCAUUAAGAUAAGCAGCCAGAUGGACAAGGAGGAGGUGCAGGAAGGCUGCAGUGCUCAUGUUACACAGCAGGUUGGAGGAGGCACAGAUAAAGAGAUGUUGUCCAGUCACCUGAGGAGCGCACACAGUGACCAGGAGGUGUACAUCCCAUCUGUAGAUCUCCUCACUGCCCAAGACUUGCUGUCAUUUGAGUUAUUGGAUAUAAACAUCGUACAAGAACUGGAACGUGUUCCUCACAAUACUCCAGUUGAUAUGACCCCAUGUAUGUCUCCUCUGCCACAUGAUGGCCCCUUAAUUGAGAAGCCUGGUCUUGGCCAAAUUAAAGAAGAGAGUGAUGGGGCUGGAUGUAAGAUCAGGGCUGGUAAAAGAGCCAACGAGGAUAUGGAGGGCCCAAGCACUCAAGAGGAAGCUGAAGAGGAUAUUAGUGGGACUCAGUUCGUUUGUGAAACUGUUAUGAGGAGUCUGACUUUAGACGCCGCUCCAGACUACAAUCCACCUCAAAAGAAGUCCUCUCUUCACAGUUCUGUACAGUCCUCUCCACAAUCAAGUUUCAACUACAGUGUGAAGUCUGAUGAGGAUGUGACUCAGAAGAGCUCUCGUUCACGCAGCAGGCCAGUUGUACUGGAGACAACAGACACAAAUGCUCCAAAGACACCUGAUAGAGAUAUUACAGCAAUGGUAGAUGCUCCACCAGUAGAUCUCUAUGAUAUAGAGCCACAGAUUCCAGACGAGCAUCAAAGAGAUGAAGUGGAAAGCCAGGCAUCCUCUGAUUCUUCUGAAGAUUAUAUCAUCAUUCUGCCUGAGUGCUUUGAUACCAGCCGUCCCCUUGGGGAGUCUAUGUACAGCUCAGCCCUUUCCGAGUCACAGGGUGACAAAGAGAAAGACACCAGAGUGAACGAUGAGACCUAUGAGGGGGGCUGCCCAGUCCACACCCACAGCAUUAAUGACAUUCUCACCACCUCCCAGACACUAGAUGCCGUACCUCUCACCCCUGAAGUGAUUACACCAUCUCCCCAGUUGAGGUCUCCACCAGAAAAUGAAGUUAUACCCGAGGUGACAGAAGAGAUGAUGUCAUCAGGUAUUGGAGCAGCAGUUGCCGAGCAAGCAGCCACAGCCUCCACUGAGAUUACAGCAAGUCCUCAACCUUCAGAAGCUUCUCCUCCUCCUAGAUCAGUCUUCGACCACACCAGGCAGCACUCUAGAGGCAGUAUUGCUGGUGGUCUGGUGAAGGGGGCGCUGUCUGUGGCUGCCUCAGCUUAUAAAGCUUUAUUUGUUGGUCAACAGGAAACUGCUAUGCCCCAGUGUUCAGAGGAACAGGCUGGAGCCAUGAUGGCUGUGCUUCUGGAGAUGGGAUUCUGUGACCGUCAGCUCAACCAGCGUCUCCUGCGCAAACACAACUACAACCUCAUGGAUGUAGUAACAGAACUGAUACAGAUCAAUGACAAUGACUGGUAUUCUGCCCGUUACUGAGGUGGAGGGACAGCACUUUCAUUAAAUUGUCAGAGCAUUUGCACGGCA